AAACUCCAUCCAACUUUAUUUACGUGAUGACUUCUGUGCCGCACUCAUGUUAUGAGACAACCUGAGGAUAACUUACUCAGACGACGAUGGUGGUGGACGAGCGGAUCUGGCGGCUGUUUAAGCGCCACUGGCCCCAGACCGUCACGUACUGGUGCGUGUGCUUCAGCUACGGCCUGUGCAUCGCGUUCCUUGGGCCCACCGUCGUGGACCUGCAGUGCCAGACGCGGUCCACGCUGGAGGAGAUCACCUGGGUGUUCUUCGUGCAGCAGGUCUUCAUGCUAGUGGGCAUGGCUUUUGCAGGACUCUUUAAGAGAAGACUGGACCUCUCUCUGUGUGCUCUCUUCUGGAGCACCCUCCUUAUCUCCGUGGCGUUUUCCCUCAUCCCGCUCUGUUACAACCUGUCGCUGCUGGCAAUCGUCAUGGUGAUAGCUGGCAUGGCAAUGGGGGUUGUUGAAACCAUCACGAACCUGCAGCUGGUGAAGAUCUACCAGAAGGACUCAGCCAUAUUCCUACAGUUUCUGCACUUCUUCAUUGGCCUGGGUGCCCUGGUGGUCCCCCUGAUGGUCGACCCCUUCCUGUCUGAUGGCUGCUUCCUGGGCCAGAACCUGACCUCCAACGGCACCGCCGCGGCCCCCAGCCCCUACCACCCCUACGUCAUCCUGGAGCAAGAGACGGCCUGGCGACAAAACAGUUCCCUGCAGCUGCCCCCUACCGAGCGAGCGGGCGCCAGCCGCAGCGGCCUGGCCUUCUGGGUCAUGGCUCUGGUCAACCUGCCUGUCCCGCUAGUAGUGUUCAUCUUGAUGUACAAAAAGCGCUUGCUGCCUUGCUCAAGGACCGGCACUCAUCUUCUGGACAGACGAGAGACUCAGGAGCCCGAGUCCUUCUCUUCCAAGAGUCCACCGGAGGAACAACAGCAGUGUCCUGUAGGGGUGUUCAGGUGCUUCAACGUCAGCAAGCUGAGGGACAGGCCCCCCUUUUUCUUCCUGCUGCAUGUCCUGGCAGGAGCCAUCCUCUUCUGCACUGACGGCAUUAUAGGUGCCUACACUGCCUUCGUCUUCACGUACGCCGAAACCUCCCCGCUGAAGAUGAGUCAUCAUGGCGCCAGCUCGCUGACCAGUUUGUUCUGGGCCUCGGUGACCGUGGGCCGGCUGGCCUUUGUCUACCUGUCCUACCGCUUCCCUGCUGUGCGCCUCAUCCUGUUGAGCCUGCUGGGUGUUGUGAUAGUGCAGUCUCUGUUGCUGAUCUUCUACUACAGCAGUGUUUUCCUCUUCGUCGGCACGUGUUUGCUCGGCCUCUGCAUCAGCAGUGUGUUCCCCUGCAUCCUGGCCUACACCGAGGAGUUACUGGACUAUAAAGGGUGUGCUGCAACCGUGCUGGUGACCAGCGCUGGCACUGGAGAGAUGGUCUUACAGGUUAUAGUGGGCUCGGGGAUACAGCAUCGGGGCAGCUACGCCUUCCCGCUGUCUAACAUCAUUGUAGCUAUCCUGGCCUUUGGCAUUUUUAUAGUGCUCCUCUUCUUGCAUCAUCUACACAUCAAAUCUCAGAAAGAACCGUCCAAAGACGUCGCCGCGACAGACAUUCAGAGGUCAGGAGGCCCCUGACAGCCAGCACAAGUCCUCAAAAGACAAAACACAUGGGUUAUUUUUGUUAUUUUCCAUGUUUCAUGCCCAUUAUUUGUAAUAAAUGUAUCAUGCAGCAUACAAAAUGGUCAUCUAUGGGGUGAAUGUCAAAGAACAGCUUUUAUUGAAUUGUUGUAUUUUAUUCCACUUUGCUGUGACUCAGAAAAGUAUCCCUGACAAAAAUGACGAGCACAAAAUCCAUUUUUCAGGUUGAUAAGUAUUUGUGGACAUGACUCAGGAGGAGCUGGGAAGUGACUUUUGUGGUCACAUAUUAAGGGUGUGAUUGUAAUUGAUUAGCCUGGCACGAUUCGGGUUGAGCUCUUAAGAAUAACUCCAUUGGCCAUUCCAAGUGGCAAAUGGAGAAAUGUACUAUUUACUAUCUCUUCAUAUAACUUUCAUUCAGGAGACAAAUAUCUCCAAAGGGACAUUUUCAGAUCAUUAAGGAGCAGCUAGGCGCUAAGCAGCUUAAUCUAUGAUGUUUACAGGCUGACUGAUAUUGGGAUCAAACAAGAGACCUCUCAGCAGGGAGUCGACACUGAAGCAAUCCACUAUCCAGCCCUCUACCAGGAAGCUUUCAACAAAAAGGCUAUGUAUUCACUAUUCAUUGUACUUUCAAGACUAAAACAUGAGGAGAUUUGGUUCCUUUUGCAGCUCUUCUAAGACCUCUUGAUCUCGACCCGUUGAGAGAUCUAUUAACGUUGGAUAUUGUAGUAAUGGGACACAAUGGCUGAGAACUUGUGUUUAAUCACUCAUAUAGAGUAGACAUAGCUAAAUGCUCCUUUUCACGCACAUGUCAAUAUGGCACGUCAGCUGGUAAACAUUUAAAACUGAACAAGAAAGAGAACUGGACAAAAGUAAUGAAGUCAUUUCUUUUCAACAAAUGUAAAACUUUUUUUGUUUUUUACAUUGAAAAAGGGAAAGUUCACGGAAAUAUGAACAGUCAACUAUAUUAUUGAAUCAAACAUGCACUUUGUACAACAGAACGGGCAUUGAAGAUAGGUAUCAUAAUCAUCUUACGGCUAUUUGAUUGUUUCUUUUAAAUAUAAUGCAAAAGUACAAUAUAAUCUAACAAUUUUAUUUAAAUAGAUAAAAUAGGUCAAAGCUUGUUUCCGGCCAUACACAACGUGUCAAUGUAAAUCUAUACGGUAACAUUUUUAUAAAAAGUUGAAUUUGAACGUUUAUCUUUAGCGUAUAAAGUUCUUUGUGCAUAUUUAUAGCCUACAUUGGUUUGGAUGGUAUACUUCUGG